UUAUUUCAGAUGAGGCUCGUAUAAUGGAGCUCGCUAUAAAGGAGGUUCUUGGCACAGAUCUUUGAAGUCCAGCACAUGUGGGCGGGCGAAGCCAUACAUACAUACUUCCAGGGUGUGUUUUGCGCCAAGAUGACAAAUACCGGGCGAAGCGAACGCGAAAGUGCCAGCCUUCUGCUGAAGUCGUAUGUCCCACGGGCUGCCCAAUCAUAUAUGUUCCCAAUGCACCUUUUCGUACGCCAAUAUGGGAAGCUUCAGCUUGACAGGGAGUCUGAGGCGGGUGUGGCGCUGCGACUGAACCUGCCGGUAGAGAAACAUGCCAGCAAGGUGUACACAAAGGCAAUGUUCGAACAAUUUGGCGAGGCAUUCUACAAAUCAGGGGCGUAUGAACUGCAGGAAAUUGACAAAAGGAAGGUAUUUUUAGCCGAGCACAUAGAUGCAGCUGCCAGGGAGAAGUGGUGUAAAGUAGCGUACCGUGUAGAUGUUGCGGAAGAUAUGUUGUUCGUUCACUGCGAGUGUGGCAUGGUCUAUUGCCGUGCACUAAAGGUAAUGCUCGAAUUCAAAUUGAGAAAAAUACCGGUAAACAUAUAGUUAAAAGGUGGACAAGGAAUGCAAGAGACGUGGUGCUGGAGAGAACCUGAUUAGGUACCAGAAGGACCAAGGGCCUCCAAAAAGGGCCAGUUUCCGGCACUCGAAGCUUUAUAUAAUAGCCCUUGAGUGUGUGCGGUUGGGGAAGAGUAACGUGAAGUGCUACGAGGUUUGCAUGGCAAUGCUUGGUGAAUUGAGUGCAAAGCUUGUUCCUCUUAGUUUGGAGAGGGACGGAAUAGGGCUAGUCGACCGUGAAGCUGCUGAGGCUGUAAGGGAACCUGGCGAAGUUCUUGGACAGGACAAAGGGGAUGACUGUCUGUCAGAAGGCUCACAUGUGAGAGCUCCAGCCAAGAAGAUGAAGCUGGGCAGACCAACAAUAAGCCUCCGUACGAGGAAACGAACAAGAGGUCGAUCUCGAUUUUGCACCAUUUGCCGAGGAAAUUGCCGAGAUGGUCGAGGUGUGGCGUAGUGGGGCACCACAAGAAUGAUUAUGCUAGUAACCUGAUCAUGUGUAAUCACUUGUUUUGAUUUUGCUGU